AUGCAAUUCACUGUCGGUUUACUUUCAAUUGUGGCGGCUAUCAUCGGCGCUCCAGCGGUCACAGCCGUUCCUACCUUUGGACAUGGUAGAGGAGUUGGUUUCGGUGGAUAUGGUGGCGGAUAUGGUGGCGGAUAUGGUGGCGGAUAUGGCGGUGGAUAUGGCGGUGGAUAUGGCGGUGGAUACGGGGGAGGCUACGGGGCAGGAUAUGGCGGCUUGGGUGGAGGCUACGGCGGAGGAUAUGGUGGAGGUUAUGGUGGAGGUUAUGGUGGAGGUUAUGGUGGAGGGUACGGCGGAGGGUAUGGUGGAGGGUACGGUGGAGGAGGUGGUGGUGGUCUGGGCUUUGGGCUCGGUCUUGGUUUAGGCGUCGGCAUCGGCAUUUAAAUUGUUUUGACCUCCCAAUUCCGAGCAUGCUGGAGUGCUCGAAAUCUUUGACGCUCGAACGUUGACCCCUUCUCUUUUCCCUUGGGCAACAUUUGAUGGAUCACAUCCGCCUUACCACGUCCAUACCGUCGUCGAAAGAACAUCAAAUCAUGUGAUUCUUGUAUUUAAAUACCGUCAACUUCACACCUUUUUUACCAUCUAAAUUUUGUAUUCACAUGUCUUUGGGUUUCAUUGGGUUUAUUUUUUGACUUGUGCUACUUUAAUUUUGGGUGUAUCGGAAUGAUUAUUGUUAUAUAACCACUUUCAAUCUUUGGCAAGAAAAAGAGCAGAAUAAGCUUUAUUUGCAGUAU